ACAACACAGACCAUUGUGACCCAGCAGGUGAAUUCAACUGGGUACAUUUAUAAAGACUUCCCAUCAGGCAGAUAUGGUAUCUGGAAAAAAAGGACUUGAAUCCAGAUCAUGUCCAUCAAACAGGAUUCUGGAACUUGCACAACACAAAGAAAACAAAACAGUGUGGGUCACAACACCUUGUCCAAAGCUUACCUGGGGCAAUCAGGAGUCAAUAUGGCCUCUGUCUUACUCAGCGCUGGGUGCAGUUCCAACAGAGAGAAUCCAAUACCUAGCUAAGCACAAAAGAGACUUCUCAGCAUGGGAGGACCACCUGAGGAAAGACGAUGAGGUGAUCUCCUCCAGGAAGACAUUACGUUCUUCCUCCAAGACAGCCCAGUAUGAGCUCGUUGUCCGCCUGUCAACACCCAAGACCAGGUCCCGAAGCUCCCAAGAAAUGGGUCCUCCUCACACGUCGUGUUGUGAGUACAGCUGCCCCAUCUGGCACAUAGACCCCAGAGUGAGAACUGAUGAGACCACUCCACGGCUACUACAGCUAGCCAAUCCCAAAGCGAACCACCUCAACUUCAAAAGCAACAGGGAGAAAGUGGAAACAUACAUUUCCUAUGCUGCCAAAACAGCCCAGACCACUCCCAGGCUGGACCAGCUCUCACUGCCGAAGUUGAGGGAUUGUAAAAUGUUCUUUGAGCGAGGACAUCCAGAGGACUCCAUUUGGCCAGUGUCAAGGAGAGCCCGUCAGGCCACAGCAACUUCACGACUUCAAACUCUAUCAGCUCCCAAGGGACUUAAUAAGGACUACAUCCCUCUGAGAGACCUGCCACCUUUAUGAGCUUGCUUCUCCAUCAAGGUCCAUGUCGGUGCACAAUGUACUAGGAAAAUGGCCACUGAGAAAAGCAAAAUAAAUGGGUACAGAGUACUCAAGGGGUCUCUAAUAAAACAGCGUCUUGUGCUU